CUCCCGUUCGAAUUUGUUUCCAACCUAUCAUUUUAGGGGGGGGUUCUGUUGAGAACGUGAGAUUCGCGGCUCCAGCUCUUGCUUCUCUCUCUCUACCUGGGAUUUGGAGCAAGGGUUCUUUGAUCGUUCCGGAUCGGUUGAAUCGCUCGAAGAUGGCCGAAUCCAUCCACAAAUCCGAUGAAAUCAGCCAGGAGGGGGGAGGGCCGAAGCUCAAGUACCUCGAUUUCGUGCACGUGGCGGCGAUCCAGGCGGUGGUGUGCUUGGCGAGCGUCUACGACUUCGCCAAGGAGAACUCUGGCCCGCUGAAGCCCGGCGUCCAGACCGUUGAGGGCACCGUCAAGACCGUCAUCGGCCCCGUCUACGAUAAGUUCCACGAUGUCCCCCUCGAGUUCCUCAAGUUCGUCGAUCGUAAGGUGGGGGACUCGGUGCGGGAGCUGGAGCGGCACGUGCCGUCGUGCGUGAAGUCGGCGUCAGCCCAGGCGUACACGGCGGCCCAGAAGGCCCCCGAGGUGGCGCGGUCCGUCGCCGGCGAGGUCCAACGUUCGGGGAUGGUGGCGACGGUGGCCGGGAAGGUGAGGGCGGCGGGCAAGCGGUACGAGCCGGUGGCCAGUGAGCUGUACAAGAAGUACGAGCCAGUGGCGGAGAAGUACGCUGUGGCGGCGUGGCGGUCACUGAACCGUCUCCCGCUGUUCCCCCGGGUGGCGCAGAUCGCGAUCCCCUGGGCGGCGUACUGGUCGGAGAAGUACAAUCGGGCGGUGGGGUGCGCAGCGGAGCGGGGAUACGCGGUGGCGCGGUGCAUGCCGCUCGUCCCCACGGAGAGGAUCGCCAAGGUGUUCGGGAACGAGUCGCCGGGGUCGCCGGUGGCUGCCGCAGCGGCGGAGUGAGGCUUGACGGUGGUGCAUGGGAAUGCGGACUCGAUAACGAUGGCAACCUUUGAAGACGUUUGAUGUGAAAACUAUAAAAAGCUAUGGGGUCCGGGUACGAUGGAUGGGCUUCCUUGUAAAGCGUUUUUAAUGUUUUAGCUUAUCUGAGCGUUAUUGUGCAGGCUCAAAGCUGAUCGUGGUUUAAUAAUAGUUGUGGAAACUUAUUAGCAGUUGAUAUUAUAUAAACUAUCAAAUUUUGUAUAAUAUUGUGGCCGAAUUGAUUCUGGGAA